GCCAGUAGCUAACCUGCUCCGCGACUCAGCGGCGGAGUGAGUGACAAGCGGGUUGGGAGGAGCCAAUGAGGUGCCUGUUGUGGUCAUGUGACAGGAAGUCUUGCGGCUCACAGGGACGCGCUCAGGGACGAGUGUUACGCUCAUGGAUGCUAAAAUGGAAACUGCUGAGGAGCCGGUCUUGUUUGAGAACGAAACCACGGAAAAAGACAUCAGGCAUGAGAAGUCGGUGAAGACGGACAUGGUGUCAUCAGAUGCCAUCAGUACGACAGCCGACAACGAUGUCAACACAGCAGCAGACUGGGAUGAGAAGCUGGCGGCCAUGUUGGAGCAUUGCGAUGUGUUAGCAGAGGAGCACAACAGCCUUGUGAAGGAGCGGAAGCGUGAGGACACUGAGCGACAAAAGAACACAACACAGAUGCAGCGGAAGAAGCUCGAGAUCACACGGGAGCAUCAGGUUCUGCUGGAAAAGCUGGACUCACUGCGAGUGAAGCUACAGCUCAACAACUCCAAAAGCACGCGCAAGAACUUUCUAUCCAAGAAAGAGGUAGCUGACGCAGAUAAAAGCCGUGCAGAGGAUGAAAGGAACAGACUGUCCAAGGAUCUGGAGGAGACCACUGCUAAGCUAUCGGCGCUAACACAGGAAAAGAACAAUGAGCGGCAACGCUGGCAGGAGGAGCUGGUCGAGCUGAGAAAGGAAAUGGACAGAGUUACCCAGGAGGCCAAGGACACAGAGAGCCUUGCCCUGCAAGACGAGAUCAAUGCCGCGGAGGCGCAGAGGGAUGUCGCCAUGGAACGCAUUCGGGCUUGGCGCGUAACGAUGUCUGAAUACAUGUCGUCACUGAGGCCCGCCCAUCACCAGGAGAAAGCGAUCUGGGCCACUAAGGAGGCGGCAGUGCGCCGGAACCAGGAGGAGCUGGAGAAGCGCUUCCAGGAGGUCCUGGGGCAGUUGCAGAAAGGACGCAAGUUGGAGUCCCUGCCACGGAUCAACGUGCCCACACUGCCACACAUACCCACGGCCGAGCUGAAAUUCAGACAGAUGAUGACAUCGCGACUUCCACCAGUGCCGCCGCCCCAUGGAGUGUUUGAUUACCGGACGCCGCCGCCCCUUCGGCCCGGCCUACCAAUCUAUGCGCCGCCUCCGGUCCACGUGCAUUCCCCCCCACCACAACAACCCAUAGUCAGAGAAGCCCCACCUCUCAGCUCCUCCCCGAUGCCCCACGCCUACCCGGUCGUUCCGUCCCCGCCGGCUGCUGCCGCUUCUGACACGCUGGACAAGGUCCUAGACAAGCUUGGGGCGCGCUUCCCACAAUGCAGCAGGGUGGACCUGACGCAAUUGCUGCAGAAGGUGAAGCGCGCCCGUGGGACUCUGGCAGGUAUGUCAAUGGAGCAGGUGGCCGAGCACGUGGGUCUGUUGCUGGCGCGGGCGCAGGGUGACGCGAGCAGGCCGCCUGCCCGAAGUGCCGAGCUCCGCAAGCUCUGCCUAAUGUGCCAGAAGCUCGUGGACACCGAGAGCUGUCACCCGUUCCCUUGCGCCCACGCCAUCCACAAAAACUGUAUCCGCCCUUGGAUCGACUCCAGCGGGAACAACACGUGUCCCUUCUGUCCCACUAGGUGAGAGCGCUAAUAGUAGUUAGUAUAGCAUCUAAAUACUAUAUAUUGUUUGGGUUUUUUUGCUGUUGUUGAAAUCAGCAGAGGAAUUUUGACAAUGUACCAUUGAAACUAUCUUUCCCAAUAAACAAUGUCUUUGUGUUGGUUUAA